GUUUAGCUCAGCGUCCAACGAUCCAGCAUAAUUGAAUUGGUUAAAAAGUGAGACAUGUGAGUGUCUUCCGCGUAAAUAAUGCGACACAGUUCGUCGGCUUUCGACAAUGGCCGCACAAAAUAAAGUUGAAGGUGAGGCAGAAGAAAUGCCGGUGACGGCGGCAGACCCCUCCAUCGAGCAGAAAGAACGUCUGAUAGCAUCAGUCAAAAAAGAAGUCAAGCAGUUGAUGGAAGAGGCAGUCACCCGAAAGUUCGUUCACGAAGAAAGCGGCGGGGUGACCGCACUGUGUGGUGCGGUCGAAGCUUGCCUCGGUCAAGGGCUGCGACGACGUGCCCUCGGCCUCUUCAAGACCAGCUCUACAACCGCGCUCUUACAUAAGAUUGCCAAGCACUGUCCGGAGGCAGCCUUAGUGUCAGCAAGAGUGCUGGCAGCAGAGGGCACGCCAGCAACACGGUCAGCGUCUGGAGUGGAGAGGCGACCAUCAGCUCCGCGGCCACCUCUGUGCAAGAGAGGAUCUGGUUCUUUGUUGUCACAGUCACCGCCGCAAUCCAAAUACCUUUGGAUAAGGAUAGCUCUCUUCGAGCGUCAACUCGCUAAGAUCAUCGAGCACCUAGUAAACAACGCAACGAGGUACUACGAAAGAGACGCACUAGUAGCAGAUCCUGACUACGGCAGCAUCCUUAGCUCACUGCUCGUCGGUCCUUGCGCCCUGGAGUAUUCCAAGGCAAAAGCGCCGGCUUGCUUCUGGACAGAUCCUCCAGCGGAUGAACUAGUCCAGAGGCACAGGAUGUCUGCUGGUACAACAACACCACCGUCUGUACGGAGACCGAUCCUCAGUUUUCGGAGAAGCCUCAACGCUUCAUCUGAUGAUGGUGGUUCGGUUACAACAGGUGCGGGAAAUGCAGCGGCGUCUAGUGCCAAAGAUUAUGUUGAAAGCUUACAUCAGAAUUCUAGAGCUACGCUAUUAUACGGAAAAAACAAUGUUCGCGUGCAACCAAAAGACUUAGUGGAGCCGAUGCCUGGCUACCUAAGUCUGCAUCAAACAUCUGCUGGGCUGGUUAUCAAAUGGACUCCUAAUCAACUGAUGAACGGUUAUGCCGAAAGUGAAGGCAUUGACAAGAGUAAGCUACGAUGGCACCCAGUGCAUGCGUCGGCGUGCCCUCACGAGUGUAUUCUGUGCAGUGUAGAACCUUGCAGUGUGUAUAGAAGACGAUGUGCCGGUCCGCUUUGUAUCGACUGUGUUUACUGGGCAAUGUCGCUACAAGUGUGCGUAUGGGAAGUGGUUUAUGUCCACGUGCAUCGAUCCCAAGCUAGCGAUGCUCUGAUAUUGGUCGGCCAAGAUGGAGUUCAGCGACCACCUAUACACUUCCCAAAAGGGGGACAUUUACUAUCGUUUCUGAGCAAUUUAGAAACUGGAUUGCUACCACAUGGACAAUUAGACCCUCCUUUAUGGUCUCAAAGAGGUAGUGGAAAGGUGUUUGGUCGUGGAAAAACUCGCAGACGGCCGAUGCCUAGCCUGUGCGAGAGUGGAGAAUCUGAGGAACAGGAAGACGUGGCUGGAGAUUACGUUUUUCGAAUUGUUAAUAAUGCUAUUGCUGAUAGAGAAGCCAUGCGGCAUUCAUUACUGGAACGCGUAGUGCAUUCACCGCCGCGGACACCGCGACGACCUUUAGCAUCUACGUCAACGACAUCCUCGGAUUCGUCUACAAUGUCCGUGGACUGUCCAACGUCCGCUGGGUUGAAUGGACCCCCACCCACCGUACCAACGCCGAAUCCUAUAGUGGAGGAAACAGCAUCUAUCGAAUUAGUAUGCAGUACGAUGCGUCGUCAGAUAAUCUCGAGGGCAUUUUAUGGCUGGCUCGCAUAUUGCCGACAUCUGUCUACCGUGCGUACUCACCUCAGUGGUCUAGUUCAUCCAAAUAUUAUACCUAGAGAUGACACCGAGGAUGGUUUAACAGAAGAAAUAUGGCGAUCAAUGAUGGAUAAUCGAGGCGUAAUCAGCGAUAAGGAUGAAGUUUAUCGAAUAGUUUACUAUAGUGGAGUACAGCAUGAUAUGAGAAGAGAAGUGUGGCCUUUCCUACUUGGAUAUUACGAAUUUGGAUCAACAGCUGAGGAAAGAAGUGAACAGGAUUCGACAUAUCGGCGACAAUACGAGACAACUAUGUCUGAAUGGUUAUGCGUAGAAGCUAUUGUGCGACAAAGAGACAGAGAAGCAACAGCUGCAUCGAUCGCACGACUGACUGAAUCUUCAGGUAAACCAAGGCCGGAUGAAAAUGAAUCUGCUGAGGUAUUUGAAGAUGACUGCAGUGUAAUAUCAGACAAUCCACCGAUAGUCUCACCAGAGCCUAGUGAGAACGAACAAAAGAAAACUGAAUCUAAACCAGUUCUCUCAAGAGCGCCAAGUAUAGACGAAGUUGACAAUAUUGAAAUGGACUCAGAAGAGAAAGGGAAUGAUGAUGAUAAUAUUAACGGGGAGACUGAAACGAGUGAUAGCAGAGAACAUAUUGAUAUUGAUAGUCUUAAUGAUAUAGAUGAUGAUGACGAUGAUGAAGAAGUGUAUAUUAAGAGCGUUGUUGAAAACCCUGAUAUGAGAAGAGAAAGUAUAGCUGAAAUUAAGAGAUUAGCUGAAGGAAUAGUACAAAAGGGUGAUGGCAGAGGGUUAUUAUGUAGUGUAGAUAGUGCUAAUGGAACCAAAUUGAAUGGUAAUGAUUUUAGGUCGUCCAUAGAUGAAAGUCAACCGAGUACACAUCAACAACAUACUAGUGUAAUUAUAACUAAUCCUUCAGUUGAUAUAGCACCGUCAGCUUCGCCUGUUUCUGGCGGCACUACAGCAAAUAUUAGCCCAGCGCGGAGUCCCUUGGGUGUUGUUCGUGAAGAAUCGCACUCAGCAGGAGCCUCUUUCGAUACUCUGGAACCGAGUGAUGCACGUCCUGACAAUCGAUCUAACUGUGUCUCUCCUGCUAGCUCUAAUGGAGGAGUUUAUUCAAACGAAUUAGUGGAGAGCUUUGCACUCAAUCUACAUCGAAUUGAAAAGGACGUACAAAGAUGCGACAGAAAUUAUCCUUUCUUCACCGAUGAGAAUCUGGAUAAGCUCAGAAACAUAAUGUGCACAUUUGUUUGGGAGCACCUAGAAAUGGGUUAUAUGCAAGGUAUGUGUGACCUUGCAGCCCCAUUACUGGUGGUAAUGAAGGAAGAAGCCGUGGCUCACGCGCUGUUUUCUCGUAUUAUGUCACGAGCUAGGGACAACUUCCCAUCAGGUCAAGCUAUGGACGCUCACUUUGCUGAUAUGAGAUCAUUGAUCCAGAUUUUGGAUUGCGAGCUGUAUGAGUUGAUGCACGCACACGGGGACUACACGCAUUUCUACUUCUGCUACCGCUGGUUCCUACUCGACUUCAAGCGUGAACUUCUGUAUCAAGAUGUUUUUUCAGCAUGGGAGAUGAUAUGGGUCGCACGAUUCGUAGCCUCGGAGCACAUGGUGCUGUUUAUCGCACUUGCUUUACUCGAGACUUACCGGGACGUAAUAUUGGCGAAUUCCAUGGACUUCACGGACAUCAUUAAGUUCUUCAACGAAAUGGCUGAGCGUCACGACGCUUCCGCAGUGUUAUCUCUAGCCAGAGACCUAGUUCUGCAAGUCCAAACUUUAAUAGAGAACAAAUAGGGUUCAAAAUAUUACAAUGCACAGAUCUCUUAGAGGCAAUGAUCAAUGUAAUGUAAUUCAUCAUAAACAGAUGUUCAAAUAAUAGUAGAAUUAGAAAUUAGACGAUUCUUAUAUAUAUCAAUUUUAUCAAGUUUUAGACGAAUGUGACAGUGUUGUUUAACCGUAGGAAUCGUAUUAUACGUAGGGACUUGACCUG